CAGAGUCAUUUUUGACGAGGGUGGCUUCACUUUACGCCAUACUUCUCGCCUUGUAACUGCCUUCUUGAUUCCACUCCUCGCUCUACCGCUUCCCCUGCAUUCCCUCGUCCGACCCUCCUAUCGACCCAAUCGCAAGCGCGUUCCGUUCCCGUUUGUCGCAAACCUCCAGACAAAGAGGAUGGCGCGCACUCCCCAUGCAGCCAGACAUUCAAGUCAACAAUCGUCACCAGGGGCCCAUUCCGACAAGGAAAAUCAUCAAAACUCAGCUCGGAUUCGAAAGAGAACCCAGGGGACGAUGGCCUCUUCCAGUGCCAGCGCAAAGCGACAGCGAUUAGCGAACCGAAAUGUCAAUAACCAGGAUGGCAGCCAGUCCCAAAUACCGCCUUCGCAGCAGGAUCCCAAUAAACAAUAUUACGACCCAGAUCAAGAUGAAAAGGAAAGACGGCGGAUUCGGAAGGGACUUAGGGAUUUGUCACGCGAACUACAUGACUCUAGGAGUGAAUUUAUGCAAGCGGGCAACGACGGGAUCCGACAAACCAUCAAGAAGGCCAAUGAAUUUUUCCGAGAUGUCAAGCAGACGUCGGACGCGACGAUCGACGCCCGUCUCCUCGUCAGUGCCGCUGAUUUAUCGUAUAAAAAGACAGCACAGCUAGUUCUGGGCGACGCUUCCGCGGGGGUCGAUGUCGACGAGUUUGUCUCCAAGUGUAUCUCAUUUAUGCGCCAUGGCCCGGACGAUUCGCAGGCAGCAAUUCCCAGCAGUACACAACGUCGGCGCACACACGGCAGAAGUCAAGCAGACCCCAAUGAUAGCGACGAAGAACAGGGAGAUGCCUUGAACUGGGACUGGCUUGGACGCGCUGCCUGUGUUCGCAGCAAUGCGCGACCGGCUGUUUCGGGGUUCCUUCUUGGGCCCCUAUCGGUUCAGAAACGAACGCGACAACUGACGCAACGAAGAGCACGAGAACAGAUCGAUCCGUCGCAAGCAGUCCGACCGCAAGAGCUCGAGAAUGAGGACCUCGAUCGACAAGAAACGUCGAAUCUUACAACUAUCUGCUCGAAUAUCAACAAACUCUUGGCGGAGACACAGAUUUCCGGCGAAGCCGCCGUGACGCAGGUCUUGUCGCGGAUGGUGGAAGAAGGGGGAGAACCUAGCAAUGAGAUGGUCCAGAAGGUCAUGGCCCAGCAUAAUGUCGCCGAUGAUGCGGGUGUGCCAUUUUUCAACUUCUGCAUCAACCCCAGGUCCUUUGGGCAAAGCGUGGAAAACCUGUUCUAUGUCAGUUUCUUAGUAAGAGAUGGCACGGCGGGUUUAUCGCGGGACAGUCGCCAGUUGCCAACCCUGCAUCCUGGUAAACCAUGGGCACCAAGUGAAGCGCAGAAAAGGGGCAUUCAGAAGCAUCAGGCCAUCUUUAGUCUUGACUUCGAAACAUGGCGAGACUUGAUUGAUGUUUAUGACAUCAAAGAGUGCAUCAUCCCCCAUCGCCAGGAAGAGGAAUCUCAGACGACCGCACAGGGCUGGUACGUCAAAAUGGAAUCGGGCUCUAUCGCCGUCUUCUCGCCCGUCAGCCUGACUCCAGAGGUGCAGGCCGCCGUGACCUCACUCGGCGGAAACGUCAAGUAUAUCGCGGCGCUGGAUCUAGAGCACCACCUGCAUCUGACAUCGUGGAAAAACGCAUACCCCGAGGCGGAGAUCAUCGCGCCCGAGGGCCUGUGGGAGAAGCGCCAAUCCAACCCCGAGUUCAAAGAUACGGCAUUCCACCACGUGUUCCGCAAGGAGGACCCGCGGCGCAAAAUCUCCGACGAGUUCGACGCCGAGUUCGAGACCGAGUACGUGUACGGCCAUCCGUCACGGGAGCUCGUAUUCCUGCAUAAGCGAUCGCGCACCCUCAUCGAGGCCGACCUGCUGUUCAAUCUCCCGGCGAGAGAGCAGUACUCCAAGUCGAACGAGAGCGCCAAGAACUUCCUGACCAAUUUGAUUUGUCCGGCCUUGUCGACUGCUGCCCCGGCCACCUGGCAGAAGAGGUUUGUCUGGUAUGUCCUGUCGACGGCGGAUCGGUCGGCGUUCACCGAGUCGGUGCGUCGUAUUAAUCACUGGGACUUUAAUCGCUUGAUUCCGUGCCAUGGAGAUGUGAUUGAGAGCGGUGCGAAGGGGGUCUUUCGGACGGUGAUGGAGUGGCACCUGGAGAAUGAUAAGAAGACCACUUAGUCUUUAUCUCCUCUUUAAUCUCCUCGAUCGGUCGCUUUGUGUUUAUUCUACGUCGAUCUCUUUCACUGGGCUUUAUUGAUGCAGGCAUUAAGUGUACUAAUUAUCAGUGUUGCAAGGCGUGAAGUUGAUGUCAAUCUGCUGGCGGACAUAUGAUUAUCUCUCUGCCCUUUGCUCUGUCUGUGCAUUUCAUACCACGACAAAAGUGUCUUCGUCGGUUUUAACCAAUUUAAUACCCCAUCAAACCAUAAUCAUAUCAUCCGAAAUCAAUGCUUAUCCGUAUUCUC